UGGAUCUACCCAGCCGUAGUGUAAACGAGUGCAGUCACAUUCUUUCCGUAACAACCACGGAACACCUGUGGAUUGGCUGCCAGAUUUGUUAUUUGCCUUUGAGCCACAAGGUGCACUACGUUUUUGUCUUUGUUUGCCUACUUUAACUUGACCCUUUUGCUAUACCACUUCUCUCAUCUGCGGUCGCCCGGUGUGGCAGGCAGGUGAGACGGCUGAUGGCCGGGGAGGCAUCAUCGCGCUUCCUUGUGGAAACAUGAGCUCUCCCUCCACUCAUGUGGACUGUUUUGUUACUCCUAAACCUCGGGGCUGUGUGCUACUCUACAGGCACCUCCCCUCCCCCCAGCCCCAUUAACGUCAGGUUCUCCUCGUUGAACCUGAGAAACGUUCUCCAGUGGCUCCCUGGAAAUGCAACACCGGACGGCACUCGCUUUACCGUGCAGUAUGCCUUCUACGGGGACAGCGUGGAGGGCAGCAAAGGGAGGCGGGUCAACUGGAGGCCUGUGCAAAAGUGCAAGGAAAUAGCCGAGACGUGGUGCGACCUGACCCGCGAGACAUGGGAUGUGGGGCAGAGCUACCACGGCAGGGUGCGCUCAGCCGUGGGCUCUGAGGCCUUCUCCAAGUGGGCUGUGACACGCGGGCGAUUCAAUCCAAAGUAUGACACUGCUUUUGGGCAGCCUCUGCUUUCAGUGGAAGUAAAGGACAACAACGCCAUCGUCCAUCUGAAAGGUCCAAUCAGAUACCAGCCAGAUGACCAUGCCCCACCCAUCUCAAUGGUAACACUGUACCCCCACAUGACCUACAACCUCUCGGUCCACAAUAGGCGUCGUGACCAGGUGCAUCAUUUUCCAGUCACGUCCAGCCCGUACACAUACCAUCUGAGGGAUUAUGACACGGAAUACUGCUUUUCUGCCAAGGCCAGAUUCCUUUCACUGCCCUUUCAGUGCCAGCAGUCAGAGCUUCACUGCCUAACCACCAUUAAAGAUCCUGUGAAGGAGCAGCUGCAGAAGGUGGUUGUGGGUAUUGUGGUUCCGUCGAUGUGCAUCUGCAUUCUUAUGGUGGUAGGAUACCUUCUCUAUCACUAUCUGACAGGGAAAGAACACAAGAGGCCCUCGGUUCUGGACACGCCAUUGCUUCCCUCUACGACCCUGACCUUCCCGCCCGAGAGGCUUAACCCCAUCCUCGUCAGUACCGUCACAAACGAUCUAUUAUCAGACGCCAACGCAUCAUACCGUGGACUUCCCGAGAAGUGGAGACAGCAGUCUAAUCUUGCCGUCCCGCUAUCAAGAUACGCCGCACAGCGACCAGAGCUGCCCUCAGAGCUGUCCCCGGAGCUUCCCCUGGAGCUGGAGCGACCCUUGGACAAUGACUCCAGUUACGGGGUUGUUGGUGUAGCUCGGAGAAACGACUCACAUGAUCAUACUGAUACUGUGGUCUCUCAGUCCUACUUCCCGCAGGAGUCCACCCAAGCACAGUUAGAGAGGAGCACACAGGCACAAGCACCCUCACGUUCUCCUGUGCUUGAUGUGGACAUCGUAGAACAGGGAAACUUUUUAAGGUCUUAUUUGACCAAUAAACCUCCAAAUGGCCUCAGAAUACCCUCAGAAGGACAGACGGAGCAGGACGUGAGGACACUUGGCAAAGACGUUCAAAGAGUACACCACCUCUCUACCACCCACGCCGCACCCUCAAACGUCUCCCCAGAUGACUACGGCGAACUCGCAGUGGUGGGAUUGGAGGAAGACGGGCAGGACCAGUCGCUCCACGUCAACUGGGAUCCAUGGUUGAGGAAACUAGUGUUGCCGGGGAUGGAGGUCAAUCAGGAGAGAGGCAGCGAGGGAGAGGAGGCGGCAAAUAAGGACCUGAGUUUGGACAAUGUGCUCUUCAGACGAGCCUCCAGGGAGGAGGCGGGGUCACUGCCAGGGGACGAUGCAGGCUGGGAGGUGGACGAUAUUGUCAGCAAAUGGAAGUUGGUUAUCUCCUUGGAGGAGUAAGAAUGGAACACUCCAAACGGGCAAUAAAAUCUCAAUUUACUGCAAGAAGUAUCCAUAUACGUACUUCCAAAACAUGCGCGUUGUUUUGCUAAAAUUUGCUUCGGUUUUCUGCUGUUACAUUGUGAUAUCGAUUACACCACAAUCGCUGUAUCGCAACACACUUGUUAUGUAGUUGAUGACACACGUCAGCACUCGUACCCCUGCUGUGCAUUGCUUUGCCCAACCUUUGCAUAUGACAGCACACUGAUACGUUAUCCUCCUGGUUAUGACAUACUGUAUCCAAAAUAUUUCUGGUAAGACACUGAAAGAAGUGCUGUUGUUUGGACAUUUUUCUUUGUGAGUACUGCCCUGUUAUUGUGUAACCUUAACAGUGUGGGGAAGGAUAGUAUUUCCUUCCUACUCUAUCUCCCUUUUGUUUGUUAUUCUCAAACACAACCAGGAAUUACAUAAUGAAUUUGAAUGCUGCUUUUUAUAUACACUGUAUAUAUUUUUUUCCCAUGCAGAAUUAAUUAAUAUUACACAAAUACACUGCCCUCCUUUC